AUGAGUGAUAUAACAAAUUUAAAUGCUGAUGUGAAUAUAAGUUAUGUAAUAAAAAAUUAUCAAAAUCCUUAUAAUUUGGAUAGUCGAUUAAGAAAAUGUGAAGCAUUAAAUGUUUUCGGUGAUCAUUGUGAUCCGUUUUUUCAUUUCGCUGCUUAUACAACAACGGAUAAUCGAGAAAGGCGUUCGACAUUGCGUAAAGAAGCUGGACCAUUUGUAAAUUCAAAGUUUAUUGAUCACGUUCUUGAAGUGUAUGAAGUACAAUCAACAUUUCCGGAUACCAUAGAAAUUGAACUUGACAUUCAAGACAGUGAUAUAGAUGAAGAUCAACGAAUAGCUCUAUUCAGGCGAACAGUACCACUUGAAACCAAAGGAAGACAUGAAUUUCGAAUGGGUGUUGAUGUCAAAGUUGAAGCCCAUAUCGAGAUAACUUGUACCAAAGAUUAUUAUGGACAACGUUGUGAUGUGUAUUGUAUACCGUUGCAUGAUUUAUGGACAUGUGAUAAGAAUACCGGUGCCAGAUUAUGCAGUAAACCAUGUUUACAUGGUAAAUGUGUUCUCACAAGCUAUAGUGCAGUAUGUGAAUGUAUAACAGAUUGGCAAGGUGAAUUUUGUCAAACACCAAUUGAAACGAAAAUUAUAUCAACUAUUUUAGCACCUGACAUUAAAACAAUUCAUGUAGCUAAACCAAUACGAAUCGAUCAAGCUACAAAGAAUUGGAGUCGGAGUAUUUAUCUAAACAACAAGAUCAUGGCUCCAUCGGUUAUCACGACGACAACGACAGCACCAACAACACCAACAACAAAGACACCAAAUCUACUGACAACAAGUCAAUCUGAUCUUACUAAUCAUAAAAUGAAACAAAUGACAAUCAAUAAAACUAACAAAAUUCCAUCCGAAUCGACGAAUGACGAGACAGUGAAAAUUGUUCAAUUGAAAUUUGAUAAUUUACAAAAAUUCCAAAAUAAUCCACUGGCUACUGAUAGUUCAAAUGAUAAGCUGGUCAAUCAUUCGAAAACAAUCAAUUCAAUACAAUCUAAAGUAUCCAGGAUUGAUGAGAGAAGUUUGGAAACGGGUAAAGAAUCAGAUGGUGUUGUUCAUCCAACUGGUCAAUACAUCAAUACUGAAACACGGAACUAUUUGAUCUUAGCAUUCAUUAUCAUGGGUUUAUUAUUAUGGCUUAUUGGUGUUCUGAUCAUUGGUUUGGUGUGUUAUCGUCGCCGACGUAAUCGUAAAGUAUCUGUUCGAAAAAGUGCUUUAUGGUCCAAUAUUAGUUAUGAACCAAAUUUAUAUCAAACUAAAUUAUCAUCACCACAAACUGAACCAUUUAUCACACAAUAUAAUCAUGAUAAUCAUCAAAAUGACAUGAAAUUAUUAUUAUCAACUAAUCAAACAAUUUAUCCUUCAUUAAAAAGAUGUUCACCAAAAACUGUACUAAGAAAUUCAUCUACUUUACCAAAACUACCCAACAAUGAUCAUCCCAUUGAACGUAGAUCAGUACGUUAUACACGUACACCAAAUGAUAUAUCUAAAUUACAUUUCGCCACUACUUCAACACAUACACCACCAAUAUCAUCGAUCAAUAAUUCAUCCAUGUCCAUGUAUACACAACAAUCAAAUUUGUCACCAAUUGAAAAUUCUCAUCAACCGCCAUGUGAUGAUACUUAUGAAGAAUUAACAUGUUGUAGAAAUGAUCAUUACAAUUGGAAGCAUAAUCAUGUCACGACAACAACAACAACAACAAUGCCGAAAUUGACAACUUUUCAAUAAAUCAAUAUUGAACAUUGAAUUGAUUCAAUGUUCAAUUGUUCAUUCUCCUCUUUUUUCUUUUUUUUCAUGUUUUUUCAAAAUAUCUAUCAGAUAUAAGAAACGAAUAUAUAUAUAUAUAUAUUAUCAGUUAGGUAUCACUUAUUCGUACAUUGUUUGAAAGAUGGAAACUUUCAUUUUUCAUCCAACAUUUGUAAAGAAAAAAAACGCGAACAGUUAUCAUUUUUUCUUCAUCAUUCAUCGCUUGAAUAAAAUAAUCAUUGUUUAUUAAUUGCCAUUUGUUUUAAUCGUAUGUUUUAUGCAAGUCAGAUAUAUUCAAUUGUAUUACUAUUAUUAUUAUUAUUAU